GGGCUGGGCUGGGCUGGUGGGCUGGGCUGGGCUGGCGGGGAGGAUGGAGAGGAUCACUCUGGGCCAGGACGCCCCGGCCGCUGUCGACGCCUAUGUGGAGUACAAGAGAAUUGUCGGUGAUGAUGAUGGUGGGAUACUUUUUACACCAGAGGAGUAUGAACAGUACAAGAAAGAAGUGCUGCCGAUGCGAUUAAAGAACCGACUGUUUGUUGCCUGGGCAUCACCUAAUGGUAUAGAUUGUAAACUAGUUGGUCCAGAGACUCUAUGCUUUUGCAAUCACAGGUAUAAGCAACACAAAACCGAUUUUAAAGAAAUUCCACGAGAACGUCCAAUUUUGUUGCCCUGCAAAGUCCAUGGCUGCAGGUGUAUUUCCUACAAUUAUGUGCCACUGAAUGGAACACAGCCAAUUCGCUGCAGGUGUAAACAUUUUAGUGAAGAUCAUAUUGAAGUUUCACCAUUUAAAUGUAACAAAUGCUCAAGUUGUACUGGAUUCCACAGUCCCUUUACCUGUGGUUGUGGGGAGCCAACUUAUGCUCAUGAAAUGAUAAUUGAGACCAAAGAGGAGCGCACGGCUAGGGGAAGAUCAACAGGUCACGACACCCCGUUUGCUGCAAUGGGAGGACUCACUGGAUUUAAUGCCUUGGCGGACGGAUAUAUGCGACUUGAUAAAAGUGGAAUUGGCCAUGCAAGUCAUGAUAUUCUUGAAGAAAUCAGUUCUCCAGUAGAUCAUCCUUUCUUGAGAGCUUAUGCACCACCAGAUCCCGAUGCAGAAGCUGGUGUGUCUGGUUUAAGCAAAUUUGCACAUCUUCCCACAGCUGAGGAAAGAGACAUGGCUUAUUUUGAAAGUCGAUACCAGGAACGGCUGAAAUGGGAAAGGCAGGCAAAGAAACAAAAAGAACGUAUCAAACCUGAAGGAAAUAUUUCACAAUUGCCAAAUUCUCCAAAAGAACCAAAAAAAUGAAGGUGGUAACAGAUGAAACGAAUUUCAACAAGCCUCUUUUUUUCCACUGGUACAUCAGCACGUAAUUGUCAGCAUGUAAUUGUUGAAAUAAACAAUGUAAACAGUUACUGUCAUCACAAUUUUGUGUUUGAAACUGUUAACUGAAUUUCAUGAACACGUCUACUGUAAUGUCAUCUCUAUACAAAUAAAACCUUGGAUGUGAAAA